AUGGCAUCCCCACAGCAGAUCAAGACCCCGCUCACCGAGGCGUUCGGCAUCACGCAUCCCAUCAUGCUUGCUGGCAUGAACGUCGCUGCUGGUCCUGAGCUGGCGGCGGCUGUUACUAAUGCAGGUGGCUUCGGCGUGAUUGGCGGUGUUGGGUACACUCCAAAGAUGCUGCGUGCGCAAAUCGCUGAACUUAAAUCGUAUCUGAAGGACAAGAACGGAGCUUUUGGUGUUGACUUGCUCCUUCCAAAGGUUGGUGGUGGUGCCCGAAAGACCAACACGGAUUACACCAACGGACAACUGCCUGAACUGAUCGACAUCAUCAUCGAGUCUGGCGCCAAGCUGUUCGUGUCGGCGGUCGGUGUGCCGCCCGUUGAGGUGGUCAAGAAGCUCCAUGGUGCAAAGAUUCUCGUGGCUGGCAUCAUCGGCCACCCCAAGCACGCACCCAAAGUGCUGGAGGCUGGCGCCGACAUGAUCAUCUUCCAAGGUGGUGAGGGAGGUGGACACACAGGUGAUGUCCCUCUGUCGAUCAUCUCUCCUCGUGUCGUUGACAUUUGCCGCGGUCACAAGUCUCCCCUCACCGGCAAGCCUAUCAUCACUGUCGCUGCCGGUGGUAUCUUCAACGGUCGUGGCCUCGCCGCUUCCCUCUGCUACGGCGCUGACGGCGUCUGGGUUGGAACUCGUUUCGUCGCCUCGACCGAGUCGGGCGCUCCUAAGGCUCACAAGGAGGCCGUGCUUAAAUCGACGCACGAAACCGACAUCCGAACCAUCAUCUUCACUGGACGCCCCCUCCGUCUGUUCAAGACACCUUACAUCAUGGACUGGGAGUCGCGCCCGGACGAGAUCAAAAGGCUCACGGACAAGGGUAUCAUUCCUGUCUACCAUGAUCUGGAGAACGACGACGAGGAAGGCACCAAGGAGGCCGGCGCUAGACAGAGGUUCUUGCUCGGCAAGUGCGCUUCUGUGAUUAGUGACAUCAAGCCCGCCAAGGAGAUCGUCGACGAGAUGGUCAACGAGGCUGUGGCCACGUUGAAGAACGGUAACCAACUGCUUGUCGGAGGUGGGGCUCGUCUCUGA